AUGUCUUUGCGGCAACGGAAUGUGCCUCUGGGAGAGAAAUCAACCCUGUCCGCCACCCCUAUCUCACUACCAUCCACACCCAUUUCUAGCUCCUCCACAGAAUCAUCUGAGACCAAAAGCAAAUCAGAGUUAUAUUUCAACAGGAACAGAAAAAGUAAAAGAUAUUUGAAUAUCGCCCCAUUGAACAUUCCCAUGAGCAGACGUUUGGAGACUAUAGGAAUCAUUUGGCAUACUGUUUCCAUUCCGUUUUUCUUCACCUUGUGUUUGUUUCUAGUGUAUCUUGGGUGGGUCUCAUGGUUGCUAAUCAUACUUCCUUAUUUUAUCUGGUGGUACGGAUUUGAUUUACAUACCCCUACAAAUGGAAAGGCCAAUUACAGAGUCCGAAACUGGGUGAAGAACCUAAUAGUUUGGGAAUGGUUUGUUAAUUACUUUCCCAUCCGUGUGCACAAGUCCUGUGAAUUUGAACCCACCUUCUCGGAGGUGGUUGAGGACGAAGACAAUUUGGAUGAUGACGACGAAGAGGAUUUGAUCAACGAAAACUCCACCACCAUACGCUUGAACAAAGUCGAUAAUGUCAAGUAUAGAACGGUUUCCAAUGGUCCUAGAUACGUGUUUGGGUACCAUCCGCAUGGAGUUAUAUCUAUGGGAGUUAUGGGAUUGUUUGCCACGAACAUCCUCCGUAAUGAGGCGUUUGAACCUCCUGCACGGUUUCUUCGGUUCUUGUUCUACGAUCCUUCAAAGCACAAACCAUUACUCCCUAACAUUGGGAAUAUCUUCCCGUUAACCUUGAAUACCCAAUUCACUUUGCCAUUCUACAGAGAUUACUUGUUGAGUUUGGGGUUGACAAGUGCAUCAGCCGUAAACAUCAAAAGCUUGAUCAACAAUGGUGACAACUCAGUUUGUAUUGUGGUUGGUGGAGCGCAGGAAUCGUUAUUGAACUCUGGAAAUAAUGAACGCAAUGUGUCGAAAGAAAUCAAAUUGGUGCUAAACAAAAGGAAAGGAUUUGUGAAGUUGGCUAUUGAGCUUGGAAACAUCAGUCUUGUACCAAUUUUCGGGUUUGGAGAGGCAGAUAUUUACAACAUUAUACAGCCGAAACCGGGAACCAUUGGUGACACGUUCCAGAAGUGGCUCAAAAAGAACUUUUCCUUCACACUUCCAUUCUUCAGUGCCCGAGGCAUCUUCAUAUACGAUUUUGGAUUCUUGCCUUACAGAAAUCCUAUAAAUGUGUGUAUCGGAAGGCCUAUAUAUGUACCACCGAACUUGAGAUCCAAAGUACCGCAAGAACUAUUGGAUCACUACCACAAAUUGUAUGUGGAUGAGUUGAAGCGGGUCUUUGAGGAAAACAAGUGCAAGUUUGGCUACGAAAAUGUCGUGUUGAACAUUGUAGAAUAA